GCCAUAUCUCAAGUAUUCAGAAUGGCCGAAUCGCACGACGUCGAGGUACCAAUCGCAGCUCCCGCAGACAGAAGCAGAGGAGCAGAUCUGGGCUGCAGUAAAAGCGGCAUCACUGGAGGCUCCUACGAAGCAAUCUUCGUCCUUGGCCCUUCUUCAAGUGGCAAGACAACGCUGUGCGAGGCUUUGGCGAAGGACCUAGAGAUCGAUCCCUCCUGUUACAUCAAAGAAGUUGCCAGAACAGUCAUGAGAGCUCAGGGAUUUACGAGGGCAGAUACCGACACAUACGAGAUGCAAUAUGCAAUAAUGUCCGCACAGUUGAGGACGGAGGAGGAGGUCAUAGGGCGCAUGGGAGGCAGUAACGCAGUCAGACUGUUGAGCGAUCGUUCUGCAAUAGACCCGAUCGUCUAUGCAUCUACUUCGACGGUGUCAGGCGCUUUGGAGAGGCGUCAGAGGUUGCUGGCGGAUUCUUCGCUGCACGCAAUCCUGCCCUUCUACAGAGAUUCACUGUUUGUCGUUCUCCAGCCUGUUAGAGAGUGGAUGAUCGACGAUGGGGUGCGCUCAUUGGAAGACCCGUGGAUAUACUUGCAAACACUACAUGCGACACUCGACGAACUGAAAAUACCUUACAUCGUGAUCGGAGAGGAUACGAGGGACAUAAACCAUAGAGUUGGAUUGGUGAGACAUUAUCUGAAAAAUUCCCACUCUACUCCAGCACAAUGACCGUCGGCGGAAGUGCAAGCUUCCAUGACUGCCUACGUAGACAGACCAAUUACAAUCAAUAAUGUCCUCGGUAAAAACGUGAGCUGAGCGUUUGACGGUGUUGAAUGAG